UGGGGUGAGGGCGAUUUUUGGGCUUUUUUCCCCCCCUGUCCCUGCCCUCAGGCUAAAGUGGUGCAGUCUGUUACCUUGGAGAUCAGCUAACACUUCCUGGGCUGAUCGAGCUACACUGUGGAGUUGCUUGGAGGAGCUUAGAGGAAGUGGGAGCCAGGAAAAGCAGAGACCUCUCUUUCUCUCCCAAAGAUGGAAAAAUAAAUGGAGAAAUGCAGGCGAGGGAAAAUAAGCAUUGGAUGUUUUUAUAAUGGCUACACAUACUAGUCAUGUCUCCCAUGGUCAAGAUCAUACGUUUCUGGAAAACCACUGCAUGAGAAGAACCAAUGGCAGAAAUCCAAAGAAGCAGUUGGACCAGAAGGAUAUCUGUGGACUUGGCCAAAAUCCAGACAAUGGACUACUGGUUACACAUGUUAACCAGACACAGGACUUACUGAGGCUGCAGGGAGAUAAGACCCAACCUUCAGCUUGGGAGGACCCGGAAGACUGGCUUUCCACGCACAGUUUACAGUUUGAGAGGCUCACCUUGGCUGACCUGAUAAACCAGGGCACCACAGUGCUGGAGGAGGGCAGCAGUGUCAUGAGGAAAGUACACUUCUCCACCCAGAUCAUCCACCAAUUUGAAUCAAAGCUUUCUGGAGCUAUUGAACUCUAUCAACAGAGAAUCCAGUGGCUCGCAGAAAGCAGCAGGAAGGCAUUUGGCCUCAUCAAGGGAGCCAGAGUCGGCAUCAUCAUUGAUGUGUCUGCCAUUGGCAGUGGUCCUCAGAAAGAGGCAUUCCAAAACGACCUCCUGAGCCUCAUUGAUGAGCAGCUGAGCCACAAGGAGAAGCUGUAUGUCCUGUCCUUCGGCACCACCACCAGCGCCCUCUGGCCAGACCCCGUGGAAGUCAGCCCCUCCACUCUCCAGGAACUCAAGCUCUGGGUGAAGAAGCUCCAGCCUGAUGAGGGUGGCAAUCUGCUACAAGCUCUGAGGAAAAUCUUCACUCUGAAGGGGCUGAAUUCUCUGGUGACCAUAAUGGGCAGCUGCCCAGAUCAGCCUUCUGAAAUUCUGUCCGACUACAUCCAACAGUCCACCAUGGGACGGGACCUCAUCACCCACUUCAUCACCUACAAAUGCAGCAAUCAGGUGCCCCCUGCUGUCCUAAAGAACCUUGCAGAAGCUCUUGGAGGCUACUACCACUGCUACAGCACAGAGACCGAGGUCUGUACCAGCUGGGACAUGGACCAGAUCCUGGCAGAAAUCCAGAAGGCCCAGAGCCUCCUGAGCCACAUCCAAGCCUUGCACAACAGGACCCCUUGUGAGGAGCUAACGGGCAUGAUGACGGAGAUUUCCACAGAGAUUGCAAAAGGGCCACUCACAGGUCUCUUGCGUAAACCCCCAAAGCAUGAGGGUCCCCUCACAAUUGAGUUCCCAAACUUGGACAAGACUUCUGCAGAAUGGCUAAAGAUCAAUGGCCUAAAAGCCAAAAAGCUAAGCCUUUAUCAGGUUCUGGCACCCAACGCAUUUUCUCCCGUGGAGGAAUUUGUGCCUAUUCUCCAGAAAACUGUGUCUUCAUCUAUCUAUGAGAAGGCAAUGGUACAAUUUGAAUGGCAUGACGGGACAGUAAAGAAUGUUCAUGUGGACCUGCCCUUCCUCUAUGAGUACCAGAAACAGCUCAGCAGAGCUAUGCGAAUGUAUGAGAGGCGGAUCGAGUGGCUCUCCUUGGCCAGCAGAAGAAUCUGGGGCACCGUCUGCGAAAAAAGGGUGGUUAUACUGCUGGAUAUCUCUGUGACCAAUUCCAUGUACAUUAUUCAUAUCCAGCACUCCCUGCGGCUUCUGCUGGAGGAGCAAUUGUCCAACAAAGACUGCUUCAACCUCAUCGCGUUUGGAAGCACAAUAGAAAGCUGGAGGCCGGAGAUGGCUGCCGUGAACCACGAAAACUUACAGAGUGCCUGGCGGUGGGCCCUGACUCUGCAGUGUCAGGGCAGCAGGAAUGUCCUUGGCGCCCUGCGGAAGGCUGUGGAAGUGGAUUUCAAGGACAAAGACAAACACCAAUCACAGGGCAUCUAUCUCUUCACGGGGGGCAUCCCUGACCAGGAAGUGCCCAUGCUCAGCGCCUACAUGGCUGAGGCCUGUGGGGGCUGCAACCUCCAGCUGAACGUGUGUCUCUUCUACGUGGGCGAGCCCCAGAUGGACAGCACGCCCCCUGCCUGCUAUGCCAGCCGCAGCGACACGGCCGCCGCCUACCGGGAGGUCACCCGGGCCACCGCUGGGCGCUUCCACUGGUUUGGAGACACAGGUAUUUAUGAAAGCGAUGACAUCAAUGCCAUCGUGUCUGAGAUGGAAAAGGCUCUCAACUAUUCCCAAAAGUGUGCCUUGCUGGUGUCCUCCCUGAAGAACCAGUCUGGAAAAGAACUGAAAAGCUCAGCCCUCUUGAAAGAAAAUCCAAAGGUGUUCAAGCAAAGAAGUCAGCCCAGGAAACUCUGUUCUUUCAAGCCCACAGCUCCCUCAGUGGCCAGAAUGAGCCUUAAAGACGACCAUGACAGAGAGAAGAGCUCCCCCUUGGAAGCUCUGACACGGCGGCCACUCAGUGACAAAGCAGGCAUCCCAGCAGCUUCAGCUCAGCCAGUGAAAGAAGGGACAGCUGGGAGGAAGGAACAGAGGAAGAAGACCAAAUGGAGGGAGGCAGAGACAUCUCUCUCACUGUUUUAUAUGGAGACAGGGAAUAAUGUGGGCUCAGUCUACAAGAAAUACCCUCAAGGAAGGAAGAUACAAAGGGUUAGCUCUUCUAUCCAGUUGCCCAGGAAGGAUGCAGUUUGCUCAAGCCAAGAGUGGGUAGCAAAUUAUGGGCUAAAAAAACUGAGGAUGGAAAUCUCCAGAUACAUCGGUCCCAGAUGCACUCAUCAGAAGUCAGUCCAGGGGCUGGCGUCAGCCAAAUACUGCAACAUCCUGCCCAGCAUAGAGAUCAAUGGGGUAGUGAGACAUAUCCAGUGGACACCCAGGGAAAUGGAAGCAUACAUCACAUGUCUGGAGAAGGUGAUGAGGCGCUACGUCCAGAGGCUGCAGUGGCUGCUGUCUGGGAGCCGCCGAUUAUUUGGCACCAUUUUGGAGAGCAAAGUGUGCAUCCUGGUGGACACGUCGGGAUCUGUGGGCCCUUACCUGCAGCAGGUGAAGAUGGAGCUGAUUCUGCUGAUUUGGGAGCAGCUGCGGAAGCACUGUGACAGGUUUAACCUGCUCAGCUUUGCGGAGGACCUACGGCUGUGGCGGGACACUCUGGUGGAGACCACAGACACAGCCUGUCACGAGGCUAUGCAGUGGGUAACCCACCUGAGCGCUCGGGGGAGCACCUCAGUCUUGCAAGCAUUACUGAAAGCCUUCAGUUUUCACGAUGUGGAAGGAUUGUACCUCCUGACUGAUGGGAAGCCAGAUACAAGCUGCAGCCUUAUUUUAAAUGAAGUCCAAAGACUCAAGGAGGAAAGAGAUCUGAAACUGCAUACCAUUUCCCUGAACUGCUCAGGCAGGGCUGCGGUUGACUUCCUGAGAAAUCUAGCCUCCCUCACCAGGGCCCGCUAUCACUGCCCCGUUGAUGAGGACACACUCUUCAAAAUCCACCGCCUGCUGACCAAGGGCUUCAUGGAUGAAAGGGAUCCCAUAUUGCCACUAUUUGAAGGAGAUGAUUUGAGGAGAUUGGCCCAGGAGAUUGUCAAGGCCAGAAGCUUCCUAUGGAAGGCCCAGUCCUUCAGGUCCCAACUCCAGAAGAAAAACAACACAGAACCAGAUGUCACUCUUUUCUAGAGAAAGUUCUCAGGGAAGAGGAGGAGAUGGGCUCUCCAUCGUGAAACAUGAUCCCAGGCAGCAGGGCUCUCUGGAAGCUGAAGGAGGGAAGACUCUGCCAUCUCGGGUCCACUCUGAUGUUCCUGCCCUGUCCUCCACCACACCCUACACCCCAGCCACAAAAUUAUCACUGACUGGGAAGCCCUGCACCAAGCCCUGCCUGGAAACGCCCUUCCUACCACCCUCUGCCUGGUGACUCCUGCUCAACCACCAAGGCACAACUCAUGUGGCAUCAUCUCCACCGUGAAGAUGUCCCUGGGACCCACAAGAGCUGGGAGCCUCCAGCCUUCCUCCCACCGCAUCCUGACCAAACAUCUCUUUUCAUAGCAGUGGCAUUUAGCACUUAUGAUGCUUAGCACUCCAUGCCAUGCUUCCUCACUCCCUUUGCCAACUCUUUUUCUUGACUGUGAACUCCCCCAGGAUGAGGCUGGUGUCCUAACCAUCCCUAGGUCCCCAGAACCUGCCUUGGGGACAGACGUAGAAAACUGUGAGCAAGCACCCAGCUUAGCUGUGGGAGCCCAGCUCUGGAAACCAGCCAGAGGGUGUUAUUUCUGCCCUGGUCCCUUUAUUCUCUGCUUCCCAACACCCUGGUCCAGGGGGCUGAUGCAGAUUCACCGGCAGCCCAUCUCAGGAGAAGAAACAAGUGAGCCCCCUACCUGUUUAACCAAACUGAAUCAGAUCUGGUCUGGAGCUGAGUCCAGAGAGAGUGCUCUGUUCAAGCAGGUGAAAACUGGGUUGUGUCCACUGGGCCCAGCCCUGCUGUGUACAUAUGAAAUGAAUAUCUCACAUAUUAUGUGGUCGGGAGUGAUUUCCUGAGAUGAAAAAAAAUUGCUUUUAUUUAAUUCAAUAGAAUCAAAACGACUUUUAAGCUGAAGUGGUGAUUUGUUUGUGUGUGUAUAAAUUUUUGGUGAUAUAAAAUGUUAGUAAAAGACUCAUGCAGGGGCACCUGGUAGCUCAGUCAGUUGAGCGUCCAACUUCAGCUUAGAUCAUGAUUUCA